CUUGGGAAGGGAAGUCCAGAAGCCCCCAAGAGGCCAUCAGUGGCCCAACUUCUGUGUAAGACUCAGCUGCAGUAAGGAAGAGCAGAAGAGCCCAAAACUGGAAAGCUUCCCAGGAAAUACAGAGAGGGAAGCCGUGUGGGGAAUUUGAACCAUUUACAAGAUGGCAGCCAAGCGGACAGAGCCGGUCACCAUCAUUAGCCUUCGGGAGUUGAACCUGGGGACCCCAGAGCCACAGCCAAAAGAGUCAAAGACAUUCACCGUGGAGGACGCCGUGGAGACCAUUGGAUUCAGACGUUUCCACAUUGCCCUCUUUCUGAUCAUGGGCAGCAUGGGGAUGGUGUUUUUUGGCUACAUGGUAUUCAGCAUCCUCUUUGGCCUCUUGGCUGACAGAUAUGGCCACUGGAAGAUUUUGCUCAUCUCGUUCCUGUGGGGAGCCAACUUCUCCUUGCUGACCUCAUUCUCUCCCUCGUACAUCUGGUUUGUCUUCCUGCGGACAAUGGUGGGCUGCGGCGUGUCUGGCCAUGCCCAAGGGCUAAUCAUAAAGACUGAAGUUUUGCCUACAAAAUAUCGAGGCUAUAUGCUCCCCUUGUCUCAGGUUUUCUGGUGAGCCGGCUCCCUGCUCAUCAUUGGCCUGGCUUCCGUGGUCAUCCCCACCAUCGGGUGGCGCUGGCUCAUCUGCAUCGCCUCCAUCCCUGGCAUCUUCCUCAUCAUGGCCUUCAUGUUUAUUCCUGAAUCUGUUUGGUUCAGUGUCUCUACCAGGAACACUCAGGCUGCCCUGGUUACACUGGAGCGCAUCACCAAGAUGAACCGCUCAGUCAUGCCGGAGGGGAAGCUCGUGGAGCCCAUCCUGGAAAAAAGAGAAAGAUUUACAGACCUAUUGGAUGCUAAAUAUUUAUGGACCACAUUACAGAUCUGGGUCAUAUGGCUGGGCAUCUCUUUCGCCUACGACGGGGUCAUGCUGGCCAGUGCAGAGCUGCCGGAGCGGGACCUGGCCUGUGGCUCGCGGUCGGAGUCUGAGGCGGUGGUGACCGUAGGGGUCUCGGAGGAGAGCCAGAGCCCCUGCCGCUGCCAGGUGUCCGACUACCAGACCAUGAUUAUCAGCACUAUUGGCGAAACUGCUCUGAAUCCUUUAACUAUCCUGGGCCUUAAUUUCCUGGGAAGACGGCUGAGCCCUUCUAUUACCGUGGGAUGCACAGCUUUGUUCGUCCUUCUCCUCAAUAUUUGCACUUCAAGUGCCGGCCUCAUCGGCUUCCUCUUCAUGCUGAGGGCUUUGGUGGCGUCCAACUUCAACACCAUCUAUAUUUACACCGCUGAGGUCUACCCCACCACGAUGCGCGCCUUGGGGAUGGGGACCGGCGGCUCGUGUCGCAUUGGUGCAAUGGUGACGCCAUUUAUGUCCCAGGUUCUCAUGCGUGCAUCAUUUCUGGGAGCUUGUCUUUUCUCAUCUGUCUGUGUUGUGUGUGCCAUUUCUGCAUUUACUCUCCCUAUUGAGACCAAAGGACAGGCCCUACAGCCUCUGGUGAUGAAGAUGGAAUCCAAAGCUGACUGCUUAUGGCCUGUGGGACAAGAUGCACAGGCGAACGACCCACUGAACCCUUCACAUUCAUUGUUUUCUCAUCAAAACCGAGGGCAAGCCACGUUUGGAUUUGAGCCUCUGAUCCCCCGCACACAGCUCUGA